CAAAGGUGGCUUGUGUUUCAGCCCCUGGGGAUUGAGGUUAAAGGGUUUGAAAACCGGCCAGGGUAGCUUUGGAUGUCUGUCUCCUCCUAGUCAAAAGCGCUUCCACUUUCAGUUGUGAAAGAGGAAAAAAAAAAAAGCCAAACCAGGAAGUGAAGUCCCCAGCACCAGCAUGUCAGAAAGCCGGGCUAUGGCCUGGAUGGGACAGAUCAGGGCAGGACAGAAGUGGGGACACUAGCCAGGCUGCCUGCCUGCCUGCAUGGACGCUCUGAAGCCACCCUGCCCGCGGAAAAGCCCGGGGUGAGGAAGGGAGGACCGGGGCUCUCCUGCCAGCAAGAAGCCGGAGCCAGAAAGCCCCGCUCGGAAGCUCCAAGGUGUGCGGCCCUUCACUGGGUCUGAAUUUCCUGUUGGUAUUCACAAAGAUGCUUUUUAUUUUUAACUUCUUGUUUUCCCCACUUCCGACCCCGGCCCUGAUCUGCCUCCUGACAUUUGGAACGGCCAUCUUCCUGUGGCUGAUCAACAGACCUCAGCCAGUCUUACCGCUCAUUGACUUGGACAACCAGUCUGUGGGGAUUGAGGGAGGAGCACGGAGGGGCGCUUUCCAGAAGAACAAUGACCUAAUUCUUUAUUACUUCUCAGACGCCAAGACAUUGUAUGAAAUUUUCCAAAGAGGACUUGCUGUGUCUGAUAAUGGACCUUGCUUGGGAUACAGAAAGCCAAACCAGCCCUACAGAUGGAUAUCCUACAAACAGGUGUCUGAUCGAGCAGAGUACCUGGGCUCCUGUCUUUUGCAUAAAGGAUAUAAGGCAUCACAGGACCAAUUUGUUGGCAUCUUUGCUCAAAAUAGGCCAGAGUGGGUCAUCUCUGAGUUAGCCUGUUACACAUAUUCCAUGGUAGCUGUCCCCCUGUAUGACACACUGGGAGCAGAGGCCAUCAUCUAUGUCAUCAACAGGGCCGAUAUCCACGUGGUCAUCUGUGAUACACCCCAGAAAGCAACAAUGCUAAUAGAAAAUGUGGAGAAGGGCCUUACCCCAGGCCUGAAGACAAUCAUCUUCAUGGAUCCUUUUGAUGACGACUUGGUGAAAAGAGGAGAGAAGUGUGGAGUUGAGAUGUUAUCUCUGCAUGAUGCUGAGAAUCUAGGCAAAGAGAACUUCAAAAAACCAGUGCCUCCGAACCCAGAGGAUCUAAGUGUUAUCUGUUUCACCAGUGGAACUACAGGUGACCCCAAAGGAGCUAUGCUAACCCAUCAAAACGUUGUUUCAAAUAUGGCUGCUUUCCUCAAAUUUCUGGAGCCUAUCUUCCAGCCCACCCCCGAGGAUGUGACCAUAUCCUACCUCCCCUUGGCCCAUAUGUUUGAGAGGCUUGUCCAGGGUAUCAUAUUUUCCUGUGGAGGCAAAAUUGGCUUCUUCCAAGGAGAUAUCCGGUUGCUACCUGAUGACAUGAAGGUUUUGAAACCCACUGUGUUUCCCACAGUGCCUCGACUCCUUAACAGGGUCUAUGACAAGGUACAUAACGAAGCCAAGACACCUUUGAAGAAGUUCUUGUUAAACUUGGCCAUCAUCAGUAAAUUCAACGAAGUGAGGAACGGCAUCAUUCGGCGGGACAGUUUGUGGGACAAGCUCGUGUUUUCAAAGAUUCAAGGCAGCCUGGGUGGGAAAGUUCGCCUCAUGAUCACUGGAGCCGCCCCCAUCUCCACUCCAGUCUUGACCUUCUUCAGGGCUGCAAUGGGAUGUUGGGUGUUUGAAGCUUAUGGCCAAACAGAAUGCACAGGUGGAUGUUCAAUUACAUCACCUGGGGACUGGACAGCAGGUCAUGUUGGGACGCCAGUGGCUUGCAAUUUUGUAAAGCUGGAAGAUGUGGCUGACAUGAACUACUUUUCAGUAAACAAUGAAGGCGAGAUCUGCAUCAAAGGCAACAAUGUGUUCAAAGGCUACCUAAAGGACCCGGAGAAGACACAGGAAGUACUAGACAAGGAUGGCUGGCUUCACACUGGGGACAUUGGCCGCUGGCUUCCGAAUGGAACUCUGAAAAUCAUCGACCGGAAGAAGAAUAUUUUCAAGUUGGCACAAGGAGAAUACAUUGCUCCAGAGAAGAUUGAAAAUGUUUAUGCCAGGAGCAGACCAGUAUUGCAAGUUUUUGUCCAUGGGGAGAGCUUACGGUCAUUCCUGAUAGGAGUGGUGGUUCCUGAUCCAGAUUCACUACCCUCAUUUGCAGCCAAGCUCGGGGUAAAGGGAUCCUUUGAAGAACUGUGCCAAAACCAACGUGUAAAGGAAGCCAUUUUAGAAGACUUGCAGAAAAUUGGGAAAGAAAGUGGCUUGAAAUCCUUUGAGCAGGUUAAAAGUAUCUUUGUGCACCCAGAGCCGUUCUCUAUUGAAAAUGGACUUCUGACACCGACACUGAAAGCCAAACGAGUGGAGCUUGCCAAGUUCUUCCAGACGCAAAUCAAGAGCCUCUAUGAGAGCAUUGAGUAGUAGUAGUUUAAGUUUGCUGAGCUGGAAGGUGUGGGGGAAGAAGCGGAAACUAUGUCCAGCGAACUUUUCCAGUAAAUGAAGCAAGCACUAAAGCACUGUCCUGAGUUGGGAACAAAGCAAUGUGGGCAAGCUCGAUGCGACGCCUGCACUGCAGGCCUGUCUUCUGUGAUGGGAGCUCUGGAUCUUUCUCCUUGGACUUCAGUCCCUGCAGUAUUUUACUGCCAGAUAGCAUGUGGUGCCUCUACUUGUAAAUGUCAAAUCUUUGAAAUAAACUAUUACAGAUAUUA